AUGAAGAAUUUGCAUAUCAACCUCCCUUUUCAUGAAGUUGUGACACAAAUUCAAUCUUACUCCAAGUUCCUCAGAGAUAUUCUCACUAACAAGAGGAAGCUCAAUGAUGAGAUUAUCACCCUUCCACAUCAAGUGAGUGCUCUUGUGCAACAUAAGAUGCCCAUGAAGGAAAAAGACUCGGGAAGAUUAACUUUGCAGGUGAAAAUUGGGAACAUGGAAGCUAGGGGCGCCUUAGCCGAUCUUGGAGUCAGUUUUAGUUUAAUCCCUCGAUCCAUUGCUCAAAAACUCAAUAUAGAGAUGAUCCCUACAAGGAAGACAAUUCAACUGGCUAAUCGAUCGGUGAAAUUACCUUGUGGAGAGCUUGUGGAUGUUCUAAUUCAAGUGGGACACAUCUACGUGCCUUGUGACUUGGUAGUGAUGGAUAUGGAGGAAGAUGUUAACACUCCUUUGAUUUGGGGACGUGAAGUUCUUAAAAAAUUGGGGGCGGUCAUCAAUUGCAAGAACAACACCAUCACAUGUGAGGUGGCCGAUGAGAAGAUUGUCUUUGAGUUUUCUAAGUUGCUCAAGACCUCCAUGGUUGAAAAAUGCUAUAGAGUUGAUGUUGUGAAUGAGGAGCUAGAUCGCUUGGGGAGGGUCGUGAUGAGGCCUCAAUAUCUAAUGAUAGAAGCUCUUACAUGUAAAGAAGUGUUCCACUCUAAAGAGCCUAAAGAGUUUGUCAUGGAAAUGGAGGAAUCCUCAAAGGAGGAGGUUAAACAACAAGUUGAGAUCGAGCUUGAGUCCAAGGAGGAGAAAUUGGAGGAGAGUUCUAAGCCUCCUCCCAAGGUAUAA